AUGGUGGAGCGCACGGACGAGGCUCCGCUGCUCUUCUGGGCCGAGGGCCCCGCCGUCUCGGCGCCGCCGCCCUCAGCCGAGGCGGGCAGCGGCGGUGUCGGCGGCGGGCGGCGGCUCGGCGGCAGCUGGAGCGCGGCUCCCUGGGGCGGCGCGGAGCCGGCGGGGCCGCCGCGGGCGGAGGCGGAGGAGGACCAGAUCGUGGCCGUCUUCGUGGUCACUUUCGAUCCCCGCACGGGCAACAUGGUGGAGUGGUGCUUACCCCAAGAUAUUGAUUUGGAAGGUGUGGAAUUCAAGUCCAUGGCAAGUGGGUCCCACAAAAUCCAGUCAGAUUUCAUUUAUUUCCGAAAAGGGCUCUGUUUUGGCCUGGCCUGCUUUGCCAACAUGCCUGUGGAGAGUGAGUUAGAACGUGGUGCCCGCAUGAAGUCUGUGGGGAUUCUCUCCCCUUCCUACACCCUGCUGUAUAGGUACAUGCACUUUCUGGAGAAUCAGGUCAGACACCAGCUGGAGAUGCCAGGGCACUACUCUCACCUAGAAGCCUUCUACGAUGACAAGAAAGGAGUUCUCCCUGAUAGCAAGGGCACCCCUACCUCUCAGCAACCUGUCCACUGGCUGCCAUCUAUCCACAGAUACAUGUACCCAGAGAUGAAGAUCACACACCCUGCUGGCUGUAUGUCUCAGUUCAUCAAAUUUUUUGGUGAGCAGAUCCUUGUCCUCUGGAAGUUUGCCCUGCUGCGCAAGCGCAUACUGAUAUUUUCACCACCCCCAGUUGGAGUUGUCUGCUACAGAGUGUAUUGCUGCUGUUGCCUUGCCAAUGUUUCUCUGCCUGGUCUUGGAGGAACUGUGCCAGAGUCCAAACCAUUCUUCUAUGUGAAUGUGGCAGACAUAGAAAUGCUGGAGACAGAAGUGUCAUAUGUGGCCUGUACAACAGAAAAGAUCUUUGAGGAGAAACGGGACCUGUAUGAUGUUUAUGUGGACAACCAGAAUGUGAAGACACAUCAUGAGCAUCUGCAACCACUCCUGAAAAUUAACAACGCUGACAAGGAGAAGUACCGACGUCUCAAUGACCAGAGGCAGAUGUUAAUGUAUUCUCAAGAAGUGGGUGAGGAUUGUAGCUCCUGUGAAGAGGACCUUUUCAUCUUGUUUUUCAUGGAGCAGAACAACCGCAUAUUCCAGACACUGAUGGAGGUGUCAGCCAGCCAGGACAAGACACUGACUGCUGACCACGCACGAGGCAUGGGCCUGGAUCCCCAAGGGGAUCGAAGUUUCCUUAUGGACCUGCUGGAAGUUUAUGGCAUCGAUGUGAUGCUAGUCAUUGACAACCCCUGCUGCACUUAAACCAAGGGCAGGAGAGAUGAGAAGCAAAGACCACUUUUUUUAAGACUACCAGACAUUGCUUAGGAGGAUCACUGGAACUCACCACAGCCACUGGACAGAUCUCACUUUAUUUAAUAACUUUAUAUGGAGAGUAUUUAUAAUUUUAAACCAAAAUGUGAUGCUAUUUUCUCCCCUUCAACUUCGCAGUGAGUACCUGUUCCAGUCUUUUUUGAUUAUUUGUUUUGCCUCCCUUUCUCUUUUAUUUGUAGUAGGUUGUUUUUCUUGUUUUUGUUUUUGUUGUUUUGUUUUGUUUAGACAGGACCAGUGGCUCCUUUGCACCAAUCCUGACUGUUGCCAGUGAUUAUCUAGGUUUUGGCCUAGCCUGGAUCCCUGAGGGCUGAAGACUUCAAGAAAGCACUUUGUCCAAUGUGGACCAGUGUGAAAGGCUGUAGCUGAGGUCUUAUGACUUGACUGGAAAACUUUUUCUACCAUCCCCUUUUCCACCUGGGGACUGAAGACAGCUUCAGCACAGGCUCUUAGUGGCCCAGUCUUAUAAAACAUCUGUUCAACCAUGUUUAUUGGUGGGGACAGUUAAAGCAAUGAUAAAAAACCAGAACUACUUUAAACAUCCCUCACCCAGCUUAUAGCAGCUGAGUUAGAAGAAAGCCACCUUUUGUCUUUAGUGGCAGAAGCAAAUUUGGGAUAAAGGGGGUGUUAUGGGAUCUUAUGACAUUGCUUCCUGGAGCAGCAUGGUUUCACUUCCAGCAUCUGAGGUGGUAUAAACUGGCAGAGAUGCUGCCUACCUAUCUCAUAGCUGCAGAAGAGCACCAUGGCUACAUACUCCCUCCUACCACUUCCUUUGGUUUUCAGUUGCAUCACACCCGCUGUUUUGGUUUAAAAUAUUCAAACCAGCAAGAUGGUCUCUCAUUUAACAGGGACCAACAUCACUGAGCCACCUUGCAGUUGUUAUGCUCUCCAGCCUCAGCUCAGGUGGUGCUGGGCUGGAUUGGGCUGAAUAAGUAUGCUUGAACUAAUGUCACCAGCUCUUCCUUUGUAGCAGAUGGUACUUGUCACUCCUUUGCUUUAACGAUGUCUGCUGAUCCUCCUUCUCUGUAGCAGCCUUCAGCAGUGCCUGCUGCUGUCCUUGGCUUUCAGUGUGAGACAGAGAGCAGUAUGUGACCUUCCAGCUGGAACAAUUUUGCAGUUUACAGGAGAUUCCCUUGGAGUUCAGUGUUCCUAACUGGCUCAGCUGCAAUGGAGCAAUGUCUAACAGCAAGCCUUUUUUUUUUUUUCUUGGGCAGAGAUGAUGUAGAGCCAGAUAAACAGUGUUUUUUAUUCUUGUGCUGUGGAAAGAUUAGGAUUCAGUGCAUGCAGGACCAGUGGUUACCUCCAGUAAGGCUGUCCUUAUAAAGAGUGAUUUCUUUGCCAUGCAAAAUUCGAGAAUGUUACUGUGGGUUCUAAGUGUGCCAUACUGCUUUUCCCAAAAUCCUUCAGCCAGUAGCACUGGCUUUAAGCUAACUGUUCUUCCUGAAUUGUGGCUGUAGCUACUUAGCUGCUGCUCCUACCAUAAUAGACUUCCACAACUUUGGAGCCUUUCUACAGUUUGCAGAAAUGCAAAAUGUAGCUGAUAUAUCAAUUUAUCCAAAAAUUGUAUAGGAUGAAACAGAACCUGAACCACCGAAGUAUCACCUGCUAAUUCUUUCUAAAAGAGGUGAAGCAAAUGUUCUCCAUAGAGACCUUCUGUGGAUUGUCUUCCUCUGGAAAGAAGGAGGCUGCUGCAUCCUGUUUUUUCUUCAAGGCUGUCUUCAGCAAAGGGGCAGUUUUGCUUGCUGUGGAUUUGGAGGCUUUAGGACUGGGGGCCUUUCAGGGUUUAUUACACAGUUAACUGGUAUGAGCUUCAGCAUAUUAUGUGCCUGUGAUCUGCCUGUCUCUCAGCAGUUGUUUCUCCCUUCCUGCUUUUUGAUUUUGGCUUUGGAUGUUUCUGUACAGGAGAAAACAUUCUGCUGCUUGUUUUGCCAGUUCUUCACAACUCUAAUGUAAUCAUCCUGAGAGGGCUGGGGGGGGAAAAAUGGAGAAAGAUGAAAACACAGAGCUAAAUAUAAUUUAAUGGAAAAACCAGUCUCUUCCUUUAGAAAAGGCUUUGUUUUUAAAUUGACACCUGUAGUAUUAAAAAAAUGACCAGUUUCAACAUGCUAUCUGUGGUGCUGAUCCCUGAGGAAGUAUUGCUGGCAAUUACUUAACUUUCUUCAGAGACAUAAAAAUAGGAACUGAAACCAGUUUGAAGCAAUUCUUUCUCUCACUUUCUGAAGCCUGGCUAUAUAGUUGUCAGCUGUUAAUGAUUCUGUUGUCUUUGGUGUCAGUAGCUCUUUUGCUGAACUAAAUAGAAACAAACCUUUAAAUUGCCACUGAAAUUUUACAGCCCCUGCAGAAAGUUUCUAACAUCCUGUUUUAGAGAGCUAUGUUCACAAGCUGUCAGAAUAUCAGGUCUACUAGACAGCAGUGCUAAAACCCACUGAGGAGAACCUCCUGGAAUUACUAAUUGGCAUUUAUUAAACCUCUGCUUCCCAGAAACUAAGUCUUCAGCUCCUAGCAGUGGUGUGGGUGCAGAAGCAUUAAAGCAAGCAGAUUACUGUAAAAGUAGCAUCCAUCCUACAUCCCAGCUGGAUGGCUACAGCCUGUUUUGUAAUAUUGGUUCUCCACAGCCUCUCUUAGCAGGUGACUGAUACAAAAGACAAAAAGCAGAACAAAAAAGAUUCCUCUAUCCUAAACCUCCCUUGUUUGAUUUGGUGCAAAAGAACUUUCCACCUGCACUCUCCUUUUCUAAUAGACAUUGCUUUUAUUGUGUGGAAAAUCUUUGAUAAAUAGGUAUAUAACAUAAACAGAUGUCUACAGCUUGAGCCUUGAGGGCUUGUUCAGCAGGCUGUUUUUGUUUGGAACCAACUUCAGUGACUCUUGUAUUUCUGGGAAAUAAUAUAAUUCAAGGUAAAACAGUUAAGUGCAUACAUUUAAAAUCCCCUCCUUAGCACUUUACAGUUGCUUUUUAGAAAACUAGCAUCUGGAAGCGAGACAGCUGCUUGGUGUGUUUUGAAUUAAAAGUGGGAGGAAAGUGUGGCAUAGGUAGGAUAUUGUCAGUUAUUGCAAAACCAUCUCCAUUUGCAGUACUUUGCCUUUACAGUGGUGCCUUUGAUUUCUUUGGUGUGAUGUCUCUGGUCAGUUGCUUGUGAUCAGAGCCCAGGCUGAAUGGUGGUUAAAGCAACCAUGUGUAUGUCCUGUGCCCCUUGUGACAUUCAAGACACAGCACAGAGUGGCUAUAGUGGCACAUAGGUUCACAGCUGGUAUUUGCUGGAGUUCAAACAGGACAGCAAAAGCUUCAUAGUUGCAUUUUAACCUCCAGUUGCACUAGAAAUGUAUAAUCAAGUAAUGAAUUACUACUACUUGUGGUAUCUGGACUGGAAGGUGAAGCUUGGGAGAGAACUCAAAGCCAGGUUUUCAGUCCUAGUGAACAAGGGAUAUCAUGCCAGACAUUUAAAUCAUGCAAAAGUCUUCCCUCUGCAAAGUUAGGCCAAGCUGCUUGGAGUCAAGUACAACCAAGAACUAUAAUGGAUUCCAGGAGAAAGGCAUUUUACUAACUUAGAGUUCAGACUUGUCUUAGAGACAUGCCAAGACCUUCUUUUCUAGCAUAUAGGGAGUAAUUAUUCUGAUGUGUGUUAGAGCUAAUGGUGAUUUCUGUCACAGAUGACCUUGCCUGUCCAGCAUUCUUAAGAGCAGAAGAAAGUUCCAUCAUCUUUUCAAAGGAAAGUAGCUUACUGUGCAGUUCAUUCUGCAAAGCAGUGCUAUUGUAAUACUUCUCCCAUUUUAAGAACUGCCCAAGUUAGGUGGCAAAAAACUAGGAGUAGCUGUGGCCCUCGUGCAAGCCACAGGCAUGCUUUCCUCUGGGAGGAGGAAGAGCAAGAGUGCUCUGUCCUACUGCAAAAGUCUAGGUACAAACCAUGGAUACUAACCUAAAUUCUCUCAGCACAGCUAUUACUUCUAAGUUAGCUGCUGUCUCCUUUCUGCCCCUCUCUGAGGCCAGAGGUCUAGUCAGUAUGGGAGAAGACAACACAAUUUUUGGGGGAGGGAGUGGAAUGUACUGACUUAGUAUGCUAUGUCUGUCUAAAACAGAGGGUACUAAAUGCCUGUGAACCAGGAUUUUGGGUCCUGGUUAAUGCAAUGUGCCAUUCUAGUGGGAAUGUUUAAUUGUGGUUAAAAUAAACCAGAUGUCUUGGGCUGGUUUGUCAUUGGGUUGUUAUCCUUCCUUUUUAUUUAUGUUUAUUUAUUUUAAGCCCUUCUAGAAUGGAUUGAGUCGAAGCAGGUAAGGUGUUUUCAUGAGUGGAACCUAGGAUUCUACUCCUCCUUUCCAUCUUAAAAGUUUCUUACAAAGAAAGUUGUCUUGCUGUCAGACAGAAGCAUGAGAAUUGAGUCCUUUCCUCAGCACUGCAGAUAAAAUAAGCAGGGGCUGAACCUGUUGUGUAAUGGUUUCCUCACACCUCCCCUCUGAAUGUUGCAAUUCAGAGGCCUAGAGCCACCCCACACUGGAAGACCUCUGAACUGCAGAGGAAGGAGAAGAAUGAUGUGAAUGGUAUUUAUACAAGCUACUCAACUUUUGAUGAUACAUGAAUAUUUAAAUAACAGCCUGUGUCUCAUAUGUACCUUGGUACUUCAAGAUCAGAACAGCAUUAAGAAUACCAGUUCUGAAGGGAGCUCUGGGUUACCCUCAAGCAAGGCAUCACAUUGCAGAGGGAGUGGUGGAUCUCAUAUUAUGGAAGAGAAUUAGUUUUUUUCCCUGUAAAAUGGUACAGAUGAACCAGAAUCUAGUUUUUAUCAUCUUGUCCCUUGCAACAGGCUGGUUGUAGUUCUAACAGCUCUGAUGUUGUUUGCAUCUUGCAGAUGUAUGGUUGCUCCCAUAGGCCUGUGGCUGUGUAGAGAAACUGCUUACUAAAACAUGGGUAUUUUUUAAUACAAUUAAAGCUUACCUUUUUGAAA